CCAUAGAAAUCGACCUCACUCAUCCAAAAAAACCAAAACCUAUCCGGCAGCCUGAGGUCUACUAAACCCUAAAAAUGUCUACGGUGAAGAACUGCGGAUCGAAGAAAGCCGAGGAUCAAGGUUUGCAGAUGCUGAGGCUGCUCAUUGGGAAGCUAGUGCACAAGGGUCUCUCAAUCUUGUCAUCAAGAGGCCCUCACGAUCACCACCAUCGUCACAAUGAUUUCGACGAAGAUUCAGAAGUGGCGACGGUGGUGCCGAAAGACGUAAAAGAAGGUCACUUUACAGUUUUUGCAGUGAAGGGUAAUGAAGCAGAGAGGUUUGUUGUUAAACUGGAGUCGUUGAGUAACCCUGAAUUUUUGAGGUUAUUGGAAGAGGCCAAGGAAGAGUACGGAUUUGAGCAGAAGGGUGCUCUUGCAGUUCCUUGCCGGCCUCAAGAAUUGCAGAAAAUCUUACAAACAUGCAGGAGGAAGAAGAGUAGUAGAACAUCUAAUAAUAUUAGUUUUACAGUUGUACAAGGAUCCUAGCUAGCUUCUUUUGCAGAAAUUUGUGUAAUUAUUUAUCUAAUUAUUCCCUACUUUUCUGUAUGUUUUGCACUGAAUGUAGAACAAACUUCUGCAUGGAAAUAAUGAGAAAUUGAUGCUAUAUUAUGUGA